AUGAAGCGUCAUCCUUUUCUGAUGUAGAGCGGCGCGGCGGCCUUUCUUCGCUGCUCUACAUUUUCCUCCUUACACUUUCCUGUCUUUACCUAGGUGUUUCAUCUCUUUCGUAUCUGUAAGUAUGACUCGGUGGUCGACACUUGUCGGCUCUUGCCUGCUGCUCCUGGCCGCGGUGUGCUCGGAAGCUUCAGCGGAAGGUCUAGUGAAUGAGGACGUGAAGAGGACGGUGGACCUGAGCACUCAUCUGGCCAAGAUCACCGCAGAGAUCGUGCUGUCCAACCAGGGACGUACCGCCGUGAACAGCUUCAUACUGGCUGUGGAGCCCGGCCUGGCCCCGCACUUGGCAUACAUCGGAGCCUCUGUGAAGGGUGAUGAAGAGGAUGAUGGCACACUUGAGAUCCAGCAGACAACCAUGCCGGGCCAAAGUGGGGAGUUUUACAAAGUGCAGUUGACUUCCAGUCUGGCAGCAGGUGCUCAGCUUAAAGCAAAGGUGGAGAUGACUUUAAGCCAUGUCCUGAAGCCUUUCCCCUCACAAAUCACCCAGGCUGAGCGCCAGCUGGUGGUCUUUCAAGGCAACCACUACUUGUAUUCCCCUUACCCCACCCGCAGUCAGACCACACGUGUCCGCCUGGCCUCCAAGACAGUAGAGAGCUACACCAAGCUGGGCAACCCCAGCAAGAACGAUGAGAUCAUCGAGUAUGGACCCUUCCGUGAUGUCGCCCCGUUCAGCGAGGAUACAAUGAAGAUCCAUUAUGAAAACAACACACCCUUCCUCACCAUCAGUAGCAUCACUCGCACAAUCGAGGUCUCUCACUGGGGCAACAUCGCUGUGGAAGAGACUGUCGAUCUGAGACACACAGGGGCAAACCUGAAGGGGCCUUUCUCACGUUAUGAUUACCAGCGUCAGUCAGACAGCGGCAUCUCGUCAGUCAAGUCCUUCAAGACUAUCCUUCCUGCCUCCGCCCAGGACGUCUACUACAGGGAUGAAAUUGGCAACAUCUCAACCUCCCAUCUGCAGGUCCUUGAUGACUCAGUGGAGGUGGAGGUCCGCCCUCGCUUCCCCCUGUUUGGAGGCUGGAAGACCCACUACAUGAUUGGCUACAAUCUGCCCAGCUAUGAGUACCUCUACACCUUGGGAGACCAAUAUGCACUGAAGAUGAGACUUGUUGAUCACGUGUAUGACGACCAAGUCAUUGACUCCAUGACUGUUAAGAUCAUCCUGCCUGAGGGAGCCAGAAACAUCCAUGUGGAUACACCAUACAAAAUCGAUCGCAUGCCAAACCAGCUGCACUAUACGUACCUGGAUACCUUUGGCCGACCAGUGCUUGUCGCCACCAAGAACAACCUGGUGGAGCAGCACAUUCAGGAUGUUGUGGUUCAUUAUAACUUCAAUAAGAUCCUGAUGCUGCAGGAGCCUCUCCUGGUUGUAGGAGCUUUUUACAUCCUCUUCUUCACUGUUAUCAUCUAUGUUCGUCUGGACUUUGCCAUCACAAAGGACCCUGCGGCCGAGGUGCGUAUGAAGGUGGCCUCCAUCACAGAGCAGGUGCUGACUCUUGUUAACAAGCGUCUGGGUCUGUACCGACACAUGGACGAAGUGGUCAACCGCUAUAAGCAGUCCCGGGACACGGGGGCCCUAAACAGCGGCCGGAAGACUCUGGAGGCCGACCACCGCACUCUGACGAACGAGAUCAGCUCACUGCAGGCCCGUCUUAAAGCCGAGGGCUCCGACUUGGCCGAUAAGGUCGGGGAGGUGCAGAAGCUGGACGGCCAGGUGAAGGAGCUGGUGUGUCGCUCCUGCCAGGAGGCGGAGCGGCUGGUGGCCGGCAAGGUCAAGAAGGAGGCUUACAUCGAGAGCGACAAGACUCUGGCCGGAAAGAGACAGGAGCUCGUCAGCCGCAUCGACAGUCUGCUGGAUGCCCUCUAAACAACUCCUGCCACAGUAGCAUACAUAAACACCCCUGCUACAACAUACAACCAUCUGUUUGUAUGUACGAGAAUUCAAAUAAAUGUGACACAAAUGCUCACACAUUCUUUUUUUUUUUUUUUACCAUCUUAUACCACCCAGACAUGGACUGUCAAUAUCUACAUCUCGCGGUAGUGAUGUGUUUAUCCAAACACUUGUGCCUUCGAGCCUUGUGAUAAACUUGAGGUCACUGCAUGCUCAGCUCUUCAGCAGCUACAUCACAACAUGUUUGUCUAUUUUGAGUUUGUCAAGCUUAAACUGUCACACAUGCUCAGACUUGACACGUCAUUUUCAUGUUCAAUUCUGGACUGCGUUUUUUUGUUUCUCACUCUGAGUUUAAAGGUUUGGGGAUUUGUUUUUCAAAUGAAUGGUUAAGGCGUAAGUGUUUCAAUCUCAUGUCUUUACUCACAUAUGCCGUUUUAAAAUACUGAAUAAUUUCCAGCUGUCCGGUCGGGUGUGAUGAUGGUUGCUUAGUCUUUUCUAAUCUCCUCUCUUGUGCACUUGAAAGUUUUUUCUACUCGCCCCUGACUGACUUUAAUAUUUGAACAAAUUUGAAGCUCUGAUUGUGUCAUCCCAAAUCCAACAUGUAGUGUCUGUUUUUUUUUGUUUUUACUGUACCUCAGUAACAUUUUCUACAUUUUGUAUGAUUUAGUUGUUUUGUAAGUGGUUUUGUUUCGACCAUGAGAUUAGUGGAUACAUGAGAUUAGGUUGUAUGCGAGAAAAGACAUGGGAAAUGGGACACAAAUGUUUGUGAAAUGGGCAAUGAAAUGGAAAGCUGUCAAAUUUGAAAUAAAAUUUUGAGAAACGGCCUCA